AUGGCGUACACCCAUUCGCACAUCAUGGCAUCAAGAAGGCAUCCGCCAAGUCGAGUGAUUAUUGAACUAGAUGAGUACAGCUCCAAUCCUACGCAGGCUUUCACGUUCUACAACAUCAACCAGGGACGAUUCCAGCCGCCCCAUGUUCAAAUGGUAGAUCCUGUACCUCAUGAUGCCCCAAAACCACCUGGGUAUACUCGAUUUGUCUGUAUUUCCGACACCCAUUCAAGGACCGAUCUCAUCCAAAUGCCAUAUGGAGAUGUUUUAAUCCACGCUGGAGACUUUACAGAGCUUGGGCUACCGAGUGAAGUGAAGAAGUUUAAUGACUGGCUUGGAGGCCUUCCGUAUGAGUAUAAAAUAGUAAUUGCCGGCAAUCACGAGUUGACAUUUGACCACGAGUUCAUGGCAGACUUAAUCAAACAAGAUUUCUAUUAUUUUCCUUCUGUGUCGAAACUGAAGCCGGAGAAUUAUGAAAAUGUUCAGUCUUUGCUCACAAACUGCAUCUAUCUCCAAGAUUCUGAAGUUACUGUGCGAGGAUUUCGGAUAUACGGCUCCCCAUGGCAGCCGUGGUUCUAUGGAUGGGGAUUUAACCUCCCCCGUGGGCAGGCUUUAUUAGACAAGUGGAACCUCAUUCCAGAAAGCACAGACAUCCUUGUAACACACGGACCACCCCUUGGAUUUUUGGAUUGGGUGCCAAAGAAAUUACAGAGAGUGGGAUGUGUAGAGUUAUUAAACACGGUGCAGAGGAGAGUCCAGCCGAGGUUACAUGUGUUUGGCCACAUACAUGAAGGUUAUGGCGUCAUGGCAGAUGGAACCACCACGUACGUCAACUCCUCAGUAUGUACUGUCAAUUAUCAGCCAGUAAAUCCUCCCAUAGUUAUUGACUUGCCGAACCCAAGGAACACGUGA